AUGGAGGCUGAAGGAGAAACACAGUGGAGCUCUCUCCUGGUCCCUUCUGUUCUAGAGAUCGUGAAAGAUAACAACUUCACAACCGUUCCUCCGAGGUAUCUUCGGUCUGAUCAAGACAAAACAGAGACUUCAGAUGAUUCUCGUCUGAGCUCAGAGAUUCCAAUCAUCGACAUGCAACGCUUGUGCUCUCUUUCCUCCAUUGAUGCAGAGCUAGAGAAGCUCGAUCUCGCUUGCCAAGAUUGGGGUUUUUUUCAACUGGUCAACCAUGGGAUAGAUUCUUCUUUUCUUGAAACGUUAGAGUCAGAGGUUCAAGAUCUCUUCAACCUCCCCAUGGAAGAGAAGAAGAAGCUCUGGCAGAGGAGCGGCGAGUUCGAAGGGUUCGGACAGGUGAACAUCGUGUCCGAGGAUCAGAAACUCGACUGGGGAGAUAUGUUCAUCCUCACCACCGAACCGGUUACAUCGCGCAAGUCUCACUUGUUCUCCAAGUUACCUCCUUCUUUCAGAGAAACCGUGGAGAGGUACUCCUCUGAAGUGAAGAGCAUAGCUAAGAUCCUCUUUGAGAAAAUGGCGUGUGUUCUCGAGGUUAAACGCGAAGAGAUGGAGGAUUUGUUUGGAGAUGUUUGGCAAUCUAUCAAGAUCAACUACUAUCCGCCGUGUCCACAGCCAGAUGAAGUUAUCGGGUUGACUCCACAUUCAGACGCUGCAGGUCUCACGAUACUAUUGCAGGUGAAUCAGGUGGAAGGGCUCCAGAUCAAGAAAGAUGGCAAGUGGGUUGUGGUGAAACCGCUUCGAGAUGCUUUAGUUGUUAAUGUUGGUGAGAUCCUAGAGAUCAUAACCAACGGGAGAUAUCAAAGCAUAGAGCAUAGAGUGAUGGUGAAUUCAGAGAAAGAGAGGUUAUCUGUUGCAAUGUUUCACAGUCCCGGAAAGGAGACAGUGAUUGGUCCGGCGAAAAGCCUUGUGGAGAAGCACCAGCAGGGAAGCUUGUUCAAAAGUAUGAGCACACAAGAGUUCUUUGAUGCCUUCUUUGCUCAGAAGCUCAAUGGAAAAUCACACCUUGAUCUUAUGACCUUGGACCCUUCAUCAUAAAAACAUAGGGACCCUAAAAACAUAUAAGAUCUUUCUUAUAAGUCUAUUUACAUAUGUAAUGAAAGAGUAUCUUCUUCUUCCUCCUGUAAAAGCUCAGAGUCAGGAUUAUACUGAUGUUAAACAUUACAAUUUGCAAUGACUGAUGAGUUAUUUUA